AUGUCGUCCAAAUAUGCCGCAUGGGCGAGAGUAAUGACGAAAGCAUCGGGGAACUGGCUGAACCUAUGCUUCUACAUUGGUUCAGUUCCAUUCCUAUCACUACUAUAUACGACCUCGCACCUAGCAGCACUACAAUUCAAUGGUUUGCCCGUCCCGCCGUAUCCAUCUACUCGAACAUCCGCAAUUGCCCCUAAUCCGCGGAACCGACAAAGUACAGCCAGUGUUUACAAUCCCGAUUAUACCUCUACCACGACUUUCUUCAUACUCGCCGUCUCGUUCCUUCAUUUCGUGGCUUGGUUUACACAAGCCAUCCUCUGCACAGCAUGCGAGCUUGCACCGAUACUUUCGGGAAACCAAGGCCAGGUACCUGGAUGGUGUCCUCAAUCUCGAUUUCAGGAUGCCGGUGGCCAAGGGCUAGCCAACAUGCUGGGCACUCUAGCAACAGUUAAAGACUUCUUCCAAUGGGGAAUGGUGGCCAUUACCAUUGCGUUGUUCGAAAUAGCACGACGAGAAUGGAUGCGUGCAGAGCGUGCACGGAUUGAAGCCUUCCAGAGACAAGGCGCUGGUGUCGAUUUCGGGGGAGAGCGGCGUCGGAUCAAUCCCGAUGGAAGCUUUCUGGAGAUGGGUAAGAUGGAGAUCAGUGGACCUCGAUUCAUUCGACCAGAAGAGAUUCAAGCCGCCGCUGAUGCCGAAGCCGCCAAGAAGAAGAAAGCUGAGAAUUUGGGUGCACCUGGGCCUCCAAUCCCAAAACAACCAGAGGGAACUGGUGUACCGGAAAACCAAAAGUCAGACAACUACUACGGCAACGGUAUGAAGACGGGCUUGACACGCAAACCAACACUCAAUUACAUGUAUGAGUCGAGGAUAUAA